AAUGCAGCGCAAUGAAUGUGAAUUCAACUUUAACAAAAAAUUAUCAUAACUUGUCACUUGAUUAGUGAAAUCUUUUCAAAACUCACAUGUUCAUGUGUACAAGUUCACCUGGAAUUUAUAGGCAAAUCGCAGGCACUGUGAAAUUAAACUUAUCGCUUGUCGAUGACAACUGCUUUUACUCUCCAUCUGUACGAAAGUUGGCCAAGAGGGGGGCGCAGGAUGUGAGGGAUAUAGUGCCCAAUCAGGCACCCAGAAGUCCGCCCAUGCAAUGGGGCUCUUCUGGUAGUAGUCACAAAUCAGGACCAAGGCAGCUGAAGCCGGGAGAGAAUCCCCUCGAAGACAGUCGGAUCUUUCACGUACUCUGGCGCAAUCCUUCCACCAGAAAGCAUAAAAUUUGGACUGGAAAUGGAACACUUGUCGUCACUGGAUCUAGGGCAACACUGAAAGAUGAGACAGGCAAGGUGCUGGGUAUCCUGACUAGAUUUGGACCAGAACAAAUACGAGAGAAUGAGCAACUUGAAAUUGAUCUUAAGGAGGUUGAAAUACAAGAGGAAAUAACCACGGUCGAGGAAUGCAUUGAAGUGCGUAAUCAGGAGAUUUCCAACUGGUGUCGCAAGAUAGAUGAGGAAAAUGGUCACUUGGUCAGUCCACUGAUCGAUGUCACUAGGCCACAAAAGCGAAUAAUGCUCAUGAGGAAGGGUGCUCCCAUUCCACCAAGCAUUGAAUGCUCUUCUUUUGGACUUAAUAUAACGGAUUGCAUUUGCGUAUUGAAUCCCGCAGAGCUUCAAUGCGAAAUAAUGCAAAUUCUUGCUAACGAGACUUCCCCCGACGUGGAGACCAUUCAACGCAUAGUGUGUGAUCAUCCUGUAUUGCUUAGUAAUACACUUGAUCAGUUUCCAACUUUGAAAGAGCUUCUAUUGCCUCACCUGCCGGCGUGGCACGAUAUGGGUCUCUAUGAUUCUGGAAAAUUUGAAUUUGGUCAUUUGAUGCUGGACUAUAUUGUAGUGGAACGUAACCAGAAAUGCGUCCUAGUGGCCAAUACUAAUGAUUGCUUGAAACUUUUCGUCGGCUAUUGUCUCUCAUGGGAUAUAUCUUACAUUCAAAUCUUGGAAGCCGAUGACGCGGAUCGCUUUAAUUCGGAUGACGAAAUGAUGCUGGCUCUAAUAACAGUUGACAGUUUGCUGACACUUGAUCCGCUUUUCCUUAACUCUAAGUUCCUAAUACUCUAUAAUUAUGAAGCCAGAGAGAAGAUGGAUCAAUUGCUGACGGUGAAAACGCACACUCAAAUCUUCACCCUGAUCACUGCGGACAAUGUGGAGGAAUCUGAGGUAUUACAAAAAGCCAUUGAUCCCAAAUGGAAGCUUAUAAAACCACCAUUCAGCGAAGAAUUCCUUCAGAUGAACUUCCUCAGCGAUAAGGAGCAUCUUUUGAAAUCAGUGUAUAUAAAGCAUAAUAAUAUAAAAACUUAGUAUAUCAGCGACUGCAGCAGAUCUAGACGCAAGGAAUACUUGUUGUCCUCCUUAUUAUAAAUGACUUCAUUGCAGUGAAUAAUGUUGCCGACACUCAGAUAAGCCCCUAAGCGUUUAAUAACAUCCUCGUCCAGUUCGGAGUCCUCAGGAAACCCUGCAAAAAUAUAAGAUGUCCCUCACAGAUCCAUCAUUAUAAUAAUAAAACUCUCUUACCAAUUA